AUGUUCUCCGCGAUGAGUUUCACGAGCCCUCAUGUUGCCCUCACCGUGCUUGGCGUUGCUGCAUUUACCGGCGGUCUGAUCUACCUCCUCAGCUUGCUCAUUGACAACCGCAAGAUAUCCAACAAAUUCCGACGUGGGUCGUCGCCCGGGCAAAGCACCGUUAGCACGGCCGAAAAGCAGAGCUAUGUGAACGCGUUCCCGCCGUCUCAGAGGGCCGCUCUCGCCGAGCUGGGGCCCCAGUAUGCCGGCAUCACGGAGGUGGAUCUGGCCGCCACGCCGAAGCCCCUCCUCAAGAUGGGGGCCGACUAUCGCACCGCAGACCAUUCCGAGUUCAACUUCAGCGGCUUCAGCGUUGACGACAUUCGCUCCCUUGGUGACUUUCCGGAUUACGCGAAACUGUCUGGCGUCCCACUCCCAUCACCGCUAAAGGAUUUCAACAUCGAUGAGGCGAAACCACGGCCAUACCGGCCCUUCAGAUGGGCUUACCAUCAGACUAUGUCCCUGACGAAGAUGGAUACGGACUUUUGGAUCGAGCUCGAGAAUACGUAUCGAGAACGGGUCGCUCAGCGCCAGAACCUGUUUGCCAAACAUGGAAACGACGUUCUCGACAGCCUUCCUGGCUCAGAGCUUGCCUGCAAAGAGCUCAUGGAGAUGGUCUUGCAGUUCGUCUGCGCGCGAUACCCCUCUCAGUUUGAGAUCAAGGGCAAGAUCCUGAUUAACCGCAUACUCAAUACUGAAACCGAUCUCGAGACGACCAAGCCGCUCAUCGUGCUGUUGAACAACGUCCCGGAAGACUUCGGCAUCAUGCUGAGAGAUCACGAGACUGGUCGAUACUUGCUCCGCGCUGGAAUCAUCUGCUCAUCGGUCGGGUGGAAGUUGAGUGAGAAGGUCGGACAAGGCCUGCCAGGCAUUCAUAAAGAGGUUCCAGACUACAAGGAGAAGAUGGAGUUCAGCAUGGAUCGUUUCUUCACAAAAAUGCCUACCAACAAACCGAUUCAACGCGGAUCGUGGGGUCUGGAGAUGGGCCGGCCCCUCUACAUCCCAGCCGAAGACCCCGAGUUCGCUCAUCGACUGGCUCAGAAUCCAAGUCUCAAGACAGACGACGUCCAUCUCCGUGUCGACUGGCAGACCCUGAGACGUCUGCCUCUGUCCGGGGCGAUCGUGUUCAAUUUCAAGGCUCUCUUCACCCCGCUCACCGAGUUCAAGAACGAGCCGUACAUCCCUUCUCUAGUCCUCAAGGUCCUGAACGAAGGUAAAGAAAGUAUCUUGAAGUACAAGGGAACAUGGCACGUUGAGCACGUGGCAAAGCCGGCACUUAAAGAGUACGAGCGAUUCCAGAUCGAGAACGGGAUGAUAGAGAAGGAUUGGACGCAUCAGACGCUGGCCGAGGCUCCGUUUUUCCGAGGUUGGGAGAAGAAGUGGAAGUCUGCGUGA